AUGGUGGGAGACAGGCAGGAGCUGCUGGCCAGCAGCGAGGCCAGCCGGGAACAGAAGGUCAUCAAGUUGCGUGUCAGCUACGGAGGCUCAUUCCACAUGGAUUCCACCGGCAAGUGGGGCUACAAGAACGGUAACUCGCACCUGGAGAGUCUCCCCUUGCAUUUUAAAUACAACGACGUCGCCUUCCGGUGGACCGAGAAAGUCAAGGGCGACCUGACUGGGCUCAAGUACCAGCUGCCCGGGGAGGAGCUCGAGCCCGAUGCUUUGAUCAGCGUGUCAGACGACAAUGAUCUUCGCGAGAUGUUUGAGGAGUAUUUUCGAGGCUUGAACCUGCCAGGCACACCUGCCCAAAACUUCAAGCUGCGGGUGUUCCUCUUUUUUGACAUGAUCCAGGAGCCUCUCACCCCAGCGGAUGGCAGAAGGGUGCGCAAGCAUACGUAUAGCCACGGCGAGUGGGAAGCCUCCUCGCUAGGAUCCAAUGCCUCGAUGAACUCAGCUGGCACUGCAGCAGCAUCCAGGCACCAUGAUGAACAGGCCGCCAUUGCUGCCAAGGACGUCGAGUACCUGCAUGCUGCAGACCAGCAGGGCUUCGAGAAGAACUACAUGGAGGAGCCUCUGCACUGGCAGAACACCAUCCUGGUCUCAAUGCAGCGGGCGUCCAAUGUGACAUCCCUGGUGCCCUACAAGUUGUCGGACAGCGCCUUUGGGGAGCUGUCAGAGCCCUCCAGCAUCACUGGGCUCAGCAGCCAGCGGCAGGGCUACACCUACCGCACCCAAUCCUGGUAUGCUAGCCCGGAGGAUGGCACGGCAGGUGCGCUGGUGACGCUCAACACGGUCACAUCCAAGAAGAGCAAGGGCGACGUCUCGGCCUACGCGACCCCCACACAGUCCCCCCGAGCGAUGGCCACCGGCGGGCCCCCCGCGCUGCCCUCCCACAUCUCUGUCUUCGGCGACGGCCGACCCGAGGAUGACAUCGCCAUCGAAGCCGCGCACGCCGGCGGCGUGCGGCUGCCGAGCCACAUCUCUGCCUUUGGGGACGGCGACGAGGACGAUCUGGCCUUCGCUGUGAAGGGCCUCAAGGGCACCGCGCACCUGCACCCGGCCGUCGACAACACAAAUCUCGGCAUGCACUACGGCGCGUAUGGGCAGGGGGUGGUUAUGUCGUACGACAGGGAGGUGCUGAUGCUGGGGGGGUCGGUGGCCAUGAUGGAGCGCAGCGGCUCCGGCUCCACCAACCCCUCCAACUCCAUCUACGCCAACGUUCACCGCGUCCCCAAGGUGUGCAUCCUUCAUCACGGCUCCCGGCUGCACCAUGCAACCAGGUCGGUGAGACUUUGA